AACACUAAUUAACCGUACUUAACAGAAGAAUAAUAAUUACUUUACUUAAUUAAGGCUACACAACACAUGGAGCUCCUGUAAAACACCCUCCAGAAAUCCACCGAACCCUCCAGAAAAAAGCUUCAAGUACUAACCGCCUCCACCUCCUCUCUAUCAAUUUAAACCCAAAGCGACAAACCGUCCGAAAACAAAAGAACAAAAAAAUCCAGAAAGUGAUUUGAAAAAUUAGAAAAGAGAAAAUGUUCUUCUUCUUCGCUGGAGGAGUGGAGCAGCAGGUCCGGCAGGUGCUGAAAUCCAGUGCGGGCAGGUGCAUAGUGUGCAGGUCGCCGGCGGAUCUGGUGGACUACGAGAAGGUACUGAAGGUCUUCUUCGUCCCCGUAUGGCGGUGGCCCGGAAAGGAGCCCGUCAUGCACUGUAACAAUUGCAACCUCUUCUUCCCUCAGUCGUACUCUCUGCCGCCCCGAAGCUGCGAUCGGGUUGUGGAGCCAGAGUUCAACUUCUGCCCCUUCUGUGGCUCCGCUAUAUGAACAUCAAUUUGUCCCUUCAUGACUGCUCUGUUUUGUGUAUCUUUGUAAACUGGAAUAAAAUUGGAUGUUUCAGAAAAUUGGGUUUUGUUCUUCUUCCCAUUUGUGUUAAUGUAAUUGUUGAGAAAUGGAAAUGUGGCAGAAGGAUAUGAAAUUGGUAUUAGUUUGUCAUUUCAAUCAUGAGAAACACUCAUUGGCAAAA